AUGCGCAAAAAGCAAAAGCUCCUGCCGGGGCUCUCCGAUCUUACCUUAGUGGUGCUUCUGGCCCGGUUCGCCCUGGUGUUUGGCCAGACGACGUGCAACAACGGGCAGGGUCGUGUGCUGUACGAGCGCCUCCCAAACCAACAGCUACAGGGCUUUGACGAUGACGUCGUGCGUGAUUCGGCUCCGCCGUUUCGGGUACUGGAAAAGUGCCAGGACCUGUGUCUACGGGACCGCACCGCAUCGAACAACCUUGGAAGGGCUUGUACGAGCUUCGACUUCCAGCCCGGCAGCCGGAUCGCGUCCUUCAGUGGCAGCGUCGAGUACGAGGAGUCCACGUGUUACUUGACGCGGGAACAGGCAGCUCCUGAGGGCAUCGGAAAUCUGAUGCUCGUACCAAACAGUGUGCACUUCACGGAGGUUUGCGUCACCUCCAGUAGACCUGAUCGAGAAUGUCCCAGUCGGCGGUACGUGUUUGAGCGGCAUCCGCGAAAGAAGCUAAAGCUCCCGGUGUCUGACAUCAAGGAAGUGACGGCUGCCAACCGUUCCGACUGCGAGGACAAAUGCCUCAACGAGUUUUCCUUUGUAUGUCGAUCGGCCAACUACGACUCGACAUUGCGCAGCUGCGCAAUGAGCAGAUUCACGCGCCGCACUCACCCGGAACUGCUUGAGGACGAUCCGAACUCGGACUAUCUAGAGAACACCUGCCUGAACGCGGAACGUCGUUGCGACGGGUUGAUCGUUUACGUGAAGGAAGAGAACAAGCGUCUCGGUGGUCCGUUCGAGGUAGAGAUCUUUAAUAAUAUGACACUCGAGGAGUGCCAGUCGCUCUGCCUGCGAGCUGAAAAGUACUUCUGCCGGUCGAUCGAGUUCGACGACCAAACGAAACAGUGCAUCCUGUCGGAGGAGGACUCAGUCUCGCAGAAGGACGAUCUAAGCAUCAGCUCGAGCCCGACGCAUCACUUCUACGAUCUCGUCUGUCUGGACAACCAGCGCGGCUCCGAAUACCCGGACAACUCCGUCACGUCUCACCUGUUCGCGAGCGGCCGCCGGCCCGAUACCGCCUUCCAGCGCUAUCGCAACUCGCGGUUGGGCGGCGAAUUUCACUCGGAAAUCACUGGCAGGUCGCUUAGCGAGUGUCUCGACGAAUGCCUCCGGCAGACGAGCUUUCAAUGCCGGUCCGCUGUUUAUAGCGAUCGGUUCCGGACCUGCCGUCUCAGCCGCUACAACCAGCGGGACGGAAUGCGCAUCAUCUAUGAUGCCGAUUACGAUUACUAUGAGAAUUUGAUGCCGCACCUAGUCGGGGGCGAUACGGACACCACGAAUGGACGACCGGAUCCAACCGACUGGCGACCACCGUACGGUGGAGAUCGCGAUCGAGAUCGUGUGCCGGAUGAUAGGAUGCCUCCGGGCCGGUAUCCGCCAGGUGAGCGGUACCCGAUGGGACAGCGACCGGAUUAUGGCGGUGAACCGUUCCCCGGGGGCUAUCCACCGACGGAUCGCUAUCCCGGCUCCACAGACCGCUACCCAGGUGGUCCCGGCACCGACCGUUAUCCUUCUGGAGGUGGAGAUUACGACGGUCGCUAUCCGCCCGUCUACGACAAUCGUUUCCCCGGCGAUCGGUACGGUCCAACUGAUCGCUAUCCUGAUCGCGAUCCUGAUCCUAUGUACCCGAUGGGUCACGGAGGUCCGAUGCGCUACCCCCCACCACUACCUCCUCCCGAUUCCCGCUAUCCUUCCGACUCACGUUACCCUCCACCGAUGCCCGAUUCACGUUAUCCUCCUUCCAUGCCUGAUUCGCGCUACCCAAUGGAUCGCUAUCCGCCUCCACCGGAUUCGCGUUAUCCUGCCGACUCUCGGUAUCCUCCCGACGCACGUUAUCCUCCCGAUUCGCGUUAUCCUUCCUCGCAACCGGACGGAGGCCGAUAUCCAGCAGGACCUGCACCGGAUUCGCGCUAUCCUGCUCAUUCCGCGCAGCGUCCGGACUCCCGAUACCCGAUGAUGGGUCCACCGGCCACACGUUAUCCGCCACCGCAGUACAUGCCACAUAUGUACGGUUCCGCCAUAUACCCGGUGUCACCGUCAAGGGCUCCACCGAACCGUGGGUACCCUCCGGAUCCCUAUCCGGCACCUGUACGCCCCAUCGACAGCAAUCGCUAUCCAUCGCCGGAAACGCGCUAUCCUCUCGAGCCUGUCGGUGCUCAGGGUCGCUAUCCACCACCGAGUUCACCGAAUGUGUCACCGUUCCACAAGUACAUGACCGGUCCUGGCCGGCCAUCGGGGUACGAUCCGUACAUGGUGUACGAACCACAGCGCGGUUACGGCGAUGAUCGUUACGCCGGAUACUACCCCAGUGGCGGUGGAGGUCGAGGUCCUCCUGGACCAAUGCCGGCUUUCCCAGAUCGUGAUCGAGGCUACCGAAGACCUCCGAUGGGAAUGGCACCAGAUGGUGGUGGCUACCCGUUUGAGAUCCCAUACGGUCCCUCAGGAACGGGUUACGAUAAUACGCUCGGUGGAGGAGACGGCUUCGGUGGCUACGGACCCCAGCGACCGUAUGAGACGCGUUGCGACAACGCGGACGUCUUCAAGCAGGUCGCAGCGAAGCGUAAAAUGCGCAAGCAGUACAUCAGGCGUGUCAUCAACGCACCUUCGUUAGGCAUCUGCCAGCAGGAGUGUGCCGGUGCGCGAGACUUCAUGUGCCGGAGCUUCAACUAUCGCGACAGCGCACCGUACGAAACUGAGGGCAAUUGUGAGCUAAGCGAUCGGGACUCGCGUGAUCUCGAGGUUCCGAGUACGCAGAUGUUCGAGAGUGACACGGCUGACUACUACGAGCGGACGCCUGGACGUGGAGGCCCACACGAAGAGUGUUUGGAUGUUGGGCAGGUCUGUAACGAGGACGGCAUGGAGUUCACGCUGCGAACGCCGGAAGGGUUCGUAGGAAGGAUCUACGCGUACGGGUUCUACGAUCGGUGCUUCUUCCGUGGCAACGGCGGCACGGUGAACGUGUUGAGGAUCAGUGGCCCUCAGGGUUACCCCGAGUGUGGCACGCAACGGUACGGUGAUACGAUGACAAACAUCAUAGUGGUGCAGUUCUCGGACAAUGUGCAAACGGGCCGUGACAAGCGCUUCAACCUGACGUGCAUGUUCCGAGGUCCUGGAGAAGCCGUUGUCACUUCCGGUUACAUUGGAGCAGGUGUCUCGCACAUUCACAGAUCCGGCAGUCCCAUUCCGAUCGAGUAUUUGCCGGCAGAGAACUCGAUGAGUAACAAGGUGCGACUCAUGAUCCUGUACCAGGGACGACCGACUACGACGAUCGCCGUUGGGGAUCCAUUGACGUUCCGGUUGGAAUCGCAGGAUGGUUACAGUCAUGCGACGGACAUAUUCGCGACCAAUGUGGUCGCUCGCGAUCCUUACUCCGGUCGAAGCGUACAGCUGAUCGAUAAUUAUGGUUGUCCUGUGGAUAACUUGGUGUUCCCGGAGCUGGGAAGAUCUCGCGAUAACGACGCUUUGGAGGCUCGCUUCAACGCGUUCAAGAUACCUGAAUCUAACUUCUUGGUGUUUGAAGCCACUGUGAGGACGUGUCGCGGUGGAUGUCAACCUGCUUAUUGCCCAGGACCAAGUGGUCGUUCGGAGCCAUCAUUUGGACGUCGCAAACGAUCGAUCGAGAACAGCACCGAAAUUCUCGGUACCGCUGAGCCACUGGUCGGUGGAAACCAGGACACUCAGGAAGAGGACGAAGAGGUCUCCAUCGUCAAUGGGACGAUGGUGAACGAAAACACGACCAGCGUGAAGGAUAAAGACGCUUCCGCUACGACCACCGCCGAAGGAGAGGCCACCAGCAGCAGCGAAAUGCCUGAGCAAGUGCGCGAGAUGAUUGAGUCUCGUUCCUACCGUCCGCUGCAGGUGUUCCAAUCGCGUGAGGAAAUGCAACAGGAUACGGUCGCCCGCAAGAUGGUGGCUCCGAUUGAGUCCGUCUGUCUGACGCACGCCGAGUACUACGGGUUGAUCAGUGCGGUCAUUCUACUGAUCAUCCUGCUGAUCAGCAUCACCUUUGCCGCUGGGAUCGUGUAUCGCAGCUACUGGAAGGUGUUCGUGAAGAACCGCACACUCGAUCGCGGUUCACCGGUCAACUCGUUCAGCCCAUCCGCUCUUCACAACGCCUCUGGCAGCCAGUUUGAAGCAUCCGGUCGAACAACGCACUCUAGUGCCAGUCGGGGAGGACCUCAUGUCCGCUCGCCAGGAGUGUCGCUUUUCGGAAGUGGCCUACAGAAGACAUUCGCCACUGGCAACCUGUCGCGCAUGUGCCAGAUACCGGUAAUGAACCCGCUGUCCCGAAAUGGUGCCAGCAAGAGCGAAUUCGAUGACCCCAGCGAGCCAAUCUACACCGACCCGUCACUGUUUGAACGAUCCAGAUCACUGCGCAGCAUAGCCGUUGAUCAGACGGAGGAUGGUAAUAACGUCUGA